UUUGAACCGGAAGUACUUACUGAUCAUUCAGUGUUGUCAUUUUCGCUGUGUUCGAAAUAUGAUAUAAACUAUAUUUAAUGGAUAAAACAUGUCUGUGAAAUCGUAUUUGAUAUGUUUCUAUAUUUAUUAGACAUAAAAUCACAUAUUUCUUAGUUAAUUUACAUUGAGAUAUUUGGCACUCCUUGAACAAUGGAUAUUGAACAAAUUAUUGACUUGUAAAGGGAAAUUGUAAAUAUUAAAUAAACGAUGGCCUAUGAGAUCUACCCAAUAUCAAAGAAAGAUGUGGAAAAGGCAUAUCAAUUGGAGAAAAUAGGGUAUCCCAAAGAAGAGGCUGCCUCAAGACAAAUGCUAGUUUACAGGCAGGAUGAAGCCCCAGAACUGUUUCUUGGCUGUUUCAUACGUAGCACCCUGAUAGGGUUCAUUUGUGCAACAAGAUACCAUGGGACAUCACUGACUGGGGAGUCCAUGAACAUGCACAUCCCUAAUGGAGGUUCUGUGUGUAUUCACUCACUGUGUGUUGCACCUGACAUGAGGAGGAAGGGUGUAGGAACAGUUCUCCUAACAGCAUUCCUUGAAGCAGUAAAGGACACACAGAUCGGUGUGGAUAGAAUAGUUCUGAUAUGCCAUUCCAAUCUCAUACCUCUCUAUACGAGGGUAGGCUUUACUCUAGUUGGAAAAUCUCCUGUAACACAUGGCAAAGGCAAAUGGUGGGAGUGUGAACUGAUAUUACGAGGAAAUAAAAGGUGACCCACCACAUAAGACACCCACACACACAGAUGCAUGUAUGAAGACUGAAGGGUACCCCCUUACAUCCAUACGAUAUGGCAAUAUCCCAGCUGUGAUUCAUCCAUAAUUCAACCAAUACACCUCUUGAGAUGGAUACCUUUCAU